CCUGCUCCCUCUCGCGUAUAGUAUAUACACAUGUGCAAGAGAGAGCAAGCCGAAAAGAGAGCGAGAGUCGGGCGAAGGAAAAAAAUAUCGCCACAGUUGCCGUAUGCCGCCUUCGUCGUCGGUUGCAAAAGAUAUAGAAAUCUUUUAUAUACACACAUACGCAGUCGGUUUUUAAUAAAUUCUGCAGCGAAAAUUUCAAGCCCGAACAAGAAGGAGAAAUAAAACGCAACUAAACAAAGCCGAGUGCAAAAUUAAAGCCGAAUUUCCAAGGCGAAUGCAAAUUUUUCAAGUGCGCAGUAAGCGGCUAAAUCCCCAGACGCAAUUCGGUGUUUCAAAAGUUUUAAUAAAUAAAUAAAUAUUGAAACCCAGCAAGCAGCGCUAAAAAGCAAGAAACGCAAAGAAUAAGCCAGAAAAAGCAUCUCCGUGACGUAGGCAAACGCAAGAAACUGAAACAAAAACUGAAACUGAAAAACCGAGAUAUCGAGCAGCGAGAAUCACAAACUCUGAAAUCGAGAAAGUGCAUGUGAUGCCAAAUAUCCAUAAAACGCAACAAGGAAAUCGGCAAACGCGAAUUACUAUGUGAAUGCAGCAAUCGGCAAUCAGCAGUUAGCCAGCAACAGCAGCAGCAGCUCUCCCUCAGUUAACCAAAUUGAUGUGCCAUUCAGGAGCAGCAGCGCAGAAAGAGGAUCAGAUCAGAUUAGAUCAGAUCGGAUCGGAGCAACGUAGAAGCUAAGCGAGAGUAUUAACCAGAGUAAGGCGCAUCGCAAAUGCAACAAUCCCUCCAGUAAACAAUACAAAAAUCAACAACACAAGAAGCAAAGUAUAGCAAACAAAAAGAAACAGUGUACAUACAACUGUAACGAAUUUAAGCAACAAGCAAGUGCGGCUAAAGGAAGAAUAUAACACAUUUUAACGCCCCCGAGUAACCAUUUGAUAAAUGCCAAGAUAAGUCGUUACCGCUUUAAUACCGCCGUCAACAUUACCCAGCAACAAAAGCUGAUCCAGCAACUCCAGCAGCAGCAGCAGGCGAUCGCUUUCAGGGGGAAGAAACAGAAGCAGAAAUUGCAGUUGCAGCAGCCGUUGCAGUUGCAGAUUGGUCAGGAAACGAACGGGAUUGGAGGAGGAGCAAGAGUAGAAGGAGUAGAGCUGUUUGGCUUACCCAAAGGUACCGAGAACAAUUGCAAGACGCCAAACUCAACCGCAAAAGUCGCCAACAUAACACAUAAAAUUUUCGGUUGGCUACGCAAAACACGCAACAAACGGCCAGUCGAGAUCCUCAACAGCGAUUUCGGCGAAGACGGCGACGAGGGCGUUGGCGAGGGCAAAGGCCAAGGCGCAGGCGAGGGAGGAGGAGCAGCUGCCAGUGCAGCUGGCGGUGCAGCCGAUCAAUUUUCAGUGGCAAGCGUUAAAAACAAAGCCGGCAAGCUGAAUACCACACAGACAGCCACGGAGACCGCCAUCGAUUCAAACGAACCCAAAUCUGAAAAGAUGUCAUCGGGCACGUUUGUGGAUCGAAUCGACCCGUUCGCCAAACGUUCGCUCAAGAAGAAGGGUAAAAAGAGUCAAGGUUCCUCGCGCUACAGAAAUUCUCAGGAUGUUGAGCUGCAGCAAUUGCCGCCGUUGAAAGCUGAUUGCUCCAGCCUAGAACAGGAGGAGCUUUUCAUAAGGAAACUGCGCCAGUGUUGCGUGUCCUUUGACUUUAUGGAUCCCGUUACGGACUUGAAGGGCAAGGAGAUCAAACGGGCCGCGCUCAAUGACCUAUCCACCUAUAUAACACAUGGGCGCGGUGUGCUUACGGAACCGGUUUAUCCGGAAAUAAUUCGUAUGAUUUCUUGCAACUUAUUUCGCACGUUGCCGCCCAGUGAGAACCCUGAUUUUGAUCCCGAGGAGGAUGAUCCGACACUGGAGGCGUCCUGGCCACACCUCCAGCUGGUGUACGAGGUCUUUUUGCGGUUCCUGGAGUCGCAGGAUUUCCAAGCAACUAUCGGCAAGCGUGUGAUCGAUCAAAAGUUUGUUUUGCAGCUUUUGGAACUUUUCGACUCGGAGGAUCCCAGAGAGCGAGACUUUCUCAAGACGGUGUUGCAUCGCAUAUACGGAAAAUUUUUGGGACUGCGGGCUUUUAUACGAAAACAAAUUAACAACAUAUUCUUGCGAUUCAUUUACGAAACGGAACACUUUAAUGGGGUUGGUGAGCUCUUGGAAAUCCUUGGCAGUAUCAUCAACGGAUUCGCCUUGCCCCUGAAGGCCGAACACAAACAGUUUCUGGUUAAGGUCCUAUUGCCACUGCACAAAGUCAAAUGCCUGUCGCUCUACCACGCUCAGCUGGCGUAUUGCAUUGUACAAUUCCUAGAGAAGGAUCCAUUCCUUACCGAACCGGUGGUGCGUGGCCUGCUAAAGUUCUGGCCCAAGACGUGUUCCCAGAAGGAGGUCAUGUUCCUGGGCGAGAUUGAGGAGAUCCUCGACGUGAUCGAUCCGCCGCAGUUUGUCAAGAUUCAGGAGCCACUGUUCCGUCAGAUUGCAAAAUGCGUGUCGAGUCCACAUUUUCAGGUUGCUGAGCGAGCUCUUUAUCUGUGGAACAAUGAGUACGCCAUGUCGCUAAUCGAGGAGAACAACGCGGUCAUCAUGCCGAUUAUGUUCCCGGCCCUAUACCGCAUCAGCAAGGAGCACUGGAAUCAAACCAUCGUGGCGCUCGUAUACAACGUUUUGAAGACGUUCAUGGAGAUGAAUUCGAAACUGUUCGACGAACUCACCUCCAGCUACAAGGCGGAGCGGCAAAAGGAAAAGAAACGUGAACGUGACCGCGAGGAGCUGUGGAAGAAACUGCACGAACUCGAAUCCAAUCGUUCUAGUGGGCGCACCGCCGGCGGCAGCGCCACGACAUCGAACAGCGCAGCUUCUGCGGCGUCAACGUCCCUGCAGCCACCCAGCUCCGCUGGCCUGAACUCUCAUCAGCAGCAGUCGAAUAGCGGCAGCAGCGGUAGCCUGUCCAGCGGCGGUGCCGGCGGCGACAAUAAUCCUGCGACCACAAAUGCGAAAAUCAAACAGGAUAAGGCGGACAACUAAGCAACGCGAGGCGCGCCAGAAACUAACAAUAAAAACCAACAUCAGUAAAAGCGUAAGCGUAACGCGUUAUCCGAUAUCCGUAAACGGCAGAGAGACAGCAAGCAACCACAUCUAAAGGAGAAAUAAAUAGUUAUACUAAACCACACAUAUGCUAAACCUUAAAACCAGAAAAUAUAAAACUAAAACGUAUACUCGAUUGACAAGACACCAACCAAGCUGACCCACAGCACGCUUGGGCGGCUGUUGAAGGAAGUAGAACCGAAAUCUGGAUCGGGAGCUGAAUCAGAUCCCAGGGCGUGUGUGUGUGCGCGGUAAUUAAGAAGCUUGAGUGCGGCAUAAAAGAAAUCUUUAUAAAUAAUGUAUCUUACAACUACAGCAACUCACACACACACACACACCACACACACACGUGCGCGACACGUAUAAAUAUAUAUUACAAAAGAAGAAAAUAAUUAUUAAUUACGUUUAAGCGAAAACAAGUUGAAUAAAGAGAAAUCAUGUUAGUAAGUGAAAAGCAGCAGAGCGAUAACUAUAACGGAUUGACGAUUGUUGAAGCGCAUUGAAUAUUAUUAACUAAACAUAUUGCUAACUAGAUCCUAGCAUAGAUCAGCCAUCCUAACCCCACCCACGAACACCACAACACCCUAAUCACCGAAAUGUUCACAUGCUAAGUAAUUGCGUUCAUUUGAAGAUUGUAAAAUAGUUGAAACUGCGCUGUAUCCUCAGACUUUAAUUUUUUUUUAAAUUAACAAAUUGCUCCAUAGAACGGCGUGUCUUAGUGCAGACUUCCCACUGAAUUGUACAUAAAUUAUUCGAGAACUGUGCUCCCCAUCACCCAGAAUGAAACUUUGUUACUUAGCUUUAAGUGUUGCACACUCCGUCAAGACUUCUCGAAAACAGAAAUUCCAACAAUAUCCGCUAAAUGCCUGCGCAGCUACGAAGUCGAAUCUGUAUUCGAACGUAGACAUGACAAGAAAAAAGAAAAUAGUAAAAACAAAAGCAAAGCCAAGUUUUAGUACAUUGUUGAAGUUGCUGCUAAACGGGCCAAGAUAGACAAGGGAGCAGGCAAAUCUAUAAAUAAUUAAGAACACAAUUGAAUACCAUACUAUAACGUACGAUAAACGCUGAUCUAUAUAAAUGUAUGUAAAGUGUGCGGAAGAUACACAAAACUAUAUCUCCCGGCUGAGGAAUAGGCGCAUGCGCGGAAAUCACGAUGUACUCGGCAAAAAAAUGAAUACAAAUAUUGAGCAUUGUAAAAAGGUUAAGCUAGAGAUACCAAUAACCAAGCGAAACGAUAGUUUUUAGAACAAGGUUAUGGAAAAUUCAGCUUGGCAUAGUCUGCCUGUCCCCCUCCAUAUACGAUAAUUGGCAUCUUGCGAAACAUUUCCACAGUCCACUCCAGGCUCGAUGCAAACACCACCACACAGACUAGAAAUUCCUUACCAUAAAUGUAUAUCUCUGCGGAAAGCGGUCCAGUGUCGAGUACCAAAUAGUUUGCAAAUGCCUUUCAGAAUCUUCUCAAUUGAAUCAACUUAUUUUCACUUCACACGGAAAUGCGCACAAUUGUCAUUCGAUUUGCUAAACAAUACCUUCAAUUGUAAAUAAUGUAGCUAAGUUAAAAACGGGCAAUACUUUGGGCCGCUUUCCCAGCAUCUCACUCACUCACUCACACUUAGCCGCACUCAUAGUAAGGAAAUAUAUAAAAUUUAUAUAUGAUGCUACAAUAUGCUAUUCAUAUGUAUGUUUGUUCAUUCAACUCUCACGCCCAUUACAAAGUAUAGAAGCAUGCAUUAUAGGAGCAAAACUAUAGGGAAGCAAAUAGGACGAGAUGAAAGUAUCCACUCCACUAAUGAAUGUCACUCAUUAGGCGAAACCGCGAAAGUUCAUAUAAUAUUAAUGAUAAUUGUGUCUGUGAAUCGUGAGUUAUUAUACACAUAUAUGUAUACAUAUAUUGCAAACAAAACUGAAAAAUGCGAAAAAACUACAAAAAAAAAAAAACAAACAAAAAUCUAAAGGAAACGUAAAAGUUAGCGUUAUUAUUAAAUAUGUUUGUAAAACGUCAACAAUAUGCAAGAAAGAUAAACAAAAGAAGAAAAGCGAUCGAAAGGCGCAUAGAGGAGGGCAUCAACUAAAGAUUGGUCGGCUAGAGCAGAGAGUAUAUUUCGAAAACACAAAUUGAACCUAUGGCCUAAAUACUAAGCAACGUGUAUAAGAAAGUUUUGCAUCUUUAUAUUAGCGUGUAAUUAAACAAAACAAAUAGCUAAACGAAGACCCAGCCUAAACAGCAACUACAACUAGAGCUACUACAAACUACCCACUACCCACGAGUAUCAUCCACCCCCCAUUAGUUCACAAUAGCGAUCAGAUCGGAUCUUAUAGCCCCCGAGUUAGUUGAGUCUUACUGCCUUUCAAGAUCCCAAGAAGAACACCAAAAAUAAUGAAACAAAUAAUAAUGAAACAAUCGAAAAACAGGACUGUAGAAUGUUAAAACCGGAAGGCAGCAUUUCUUAACACGUUUGUUAUGCCAAUCCAGUAACACCAAACUCCUAACACCGAUCCUAACUAGCAGAUCCGCAAAACACAAAUCACAAAACACACGAAUAGGACCCAUCUCUAGUUAAAGUUGAUGUUUGCCUAGGAUGCCAAUCAGUAAAAACAAAAGAAGAACAUAUUCAAAUAACGCAAGUGUAAAAACGAAACCAGAAAUCACGUAAGCAACAAGAAUAAGAUUAAUAAAAUAAAAAAUGUUGAAAAAGAAUGCCUAAUAAACGAUAAAAACAUAUUGUAUAAGUCAA